UCCACCCCAUGGGUUUUUUAGGCGGCCAUAGCCAGAAGCACGGAAGAACAGACGCUCAUAUACCCACAUUACGAAACGCACGCAUUCGAUCGGUAGCAUUCAAGGCGGUGGUGGAUGACGGCCGCCACAAUCUUUGCUCUGGCGAUCGGGAGAAAUUUCUUGGGUAAUCUAUGAAAGCCGACGAUCCAGGGGCAGCACAGCAGCGCCAGGGAAUUAAUGGAGCCGCGGCGCCAGGCAAGAACGCUCCUGGUCUUCUUCUUCGCGAUAUUCCGGGCGCUAGAUCCAUCGGCAGGCCAGGAUUCGUGCUCUGUGACAGAGAUUGAAGCGCUGGAAGCUUUCCAACGAGGGGCGAGCUCGCUGGAGCUGUCGUCAUGGUCUAGGAAUUCGAGCUGCUGCCAGUGGCGAGGUGUCAGAUGCGCGGCGUCGAUCGAUCAAGCCUACCGGGAGGCCGGCAUCGAUUACCGCGUCCAGGAAAUCCGCCUCUCCGGAUUGAAGCUCCGGGGCGGAAAUAUUAUCGACAGCCUAGCGAGAUUGCGCGGCCUCAGCCAUCUCGAUCUCUCCAGCAAUGCUCUCUCCGGCUCCUUCCCAGGCAACGUUUCAUCGCUUCCCAGGCUCGAGCGGCUCGACUUGAGCGCCAACAAUCUCUCGGGACCGAUCCUCCUUCCUCCAGGUUCGUUCCAGGCGGCUAGCUAUCUCAACCUCUCCUCGAAUCGCUUCGACGGCUCCUGGAAUUUCUCCGGAGGGAUCAAGCUCCAGGUGCUCGAUCUCAGCAACAACGCUCUCUCUGGCCAAAUCUUCGAGAGCUUGUGCGAGGAUGACGGUAGCUCCCAGCUACGCGUGCUGAGUUUCUCGGGCAACGACAUCUCGGGUAGAAUUCCUGCCAGUAUCACCAAAUGCCGCGGCCUGGAAACUUUCGAAGGGGAAGAUAAUCGCCUCCAAGGGAGAAUUCCAUCGUCCCUGUCGCAGCUGCCACUGCUACGAUCCAUCAGGCUCUCGUUUAACUCGCUCAGCGGCAGCAUUCCAAGCGAGCUGAGCUCUCUCGCCAACCUCGAGGAGCUAUGGCUCAACAAAAACUCUAUCAAAGGUGGAGUGUUCUUGACGACGGGGUUUACGUCGCUGCGAGUUUUCUCGGCUCGGGAGAACAGGCUUUCAGGGCAGAUCGCGGUGAAUUGCUCCAGCACGAAUUCAUCGCUCGCGUAUCUGGACCUCUCCUACAACUUACUGAAUGGAACCAUCCCGGCAGCGAUCGGCGAGUGCCACCGUCUCGAGACGCUUGCAUUGACUGGGAACUUCCUCGAGGGCCGGAUACCAUCUCAGCUGGGAUCUCUCAGGAACCUCACGACACUGAUGCUCUCCAAGAACAAUUUGGUCGGGAGGAUUCCUCUCGAGUCUCUGCGUGAGUGUUCGAGCUUGGUGGCUCUGGUCCUCUCGAAGAACUAUUUCUCAGGAACUCUCAACAUGGCGCCAUCGCCAGUGGGGAGCUUCAGGAACCUCCAGCUGCUCGCGGUCGGGAACUCGAACCUCUCCGGCACCAUUCCUCUGUGGCUGACGAACUCGACCAAGCUCCAAGUCCUGGACCUGUCGUGGAACAUUUUCACUGGAAAGGUUCCACUCUGGAUCGGGGACUUCUACCAUCUCUUUUACGUGGACUUGUCCAACAAUUCCUUCUCGGGUGCGCUCCCGGAAGAGCUUGCCAACUUGAAAUCGCUCCGAGGCGACGAGAUCGACACCUCGGGCAUCAAGGCCGUCGAGAGCAUCCUCUUCGUCAAGCACAAGAACAACAUGACUCGGCUGCAGUACAAUCAAGUGUCUGCGCUGCCUCCCUCCAUCAUCCUCGCCAGCAACCGGUUCCACGGACGGAUUCCCGACGGCUACGGCGCUCUGAGAAGAUUGGUGUCGUUGGACCUGGGCAUCAACUUACUCUCGGGAGUGAUCCCGGCAAGCCUGGGGAACUUGAGCAACUUGGAGUCGAUGGAUCUCUCGCAGAACUCGCUGGGUGGAGCAAUUCCCACGACGCUGACGAGACUCUUUUCGCUGGCCAGGCUCAACCUCUCGUUCAACAAGCUCGAAGGCCCGAUCCCGCUGGGCAACCAGUUCUCGACUUUCACGGCCUCGGCCUACGCUGGAAACCCAAGACUCUGCGGAUAUCCACUGCCGGAUAGCUGCGGUGAUGGAAGCUCUCCACAGUCACAACAACGUAGCACCACCAAGAACGAGAGAAGCAAGAACUCCUCGAGCUUGGCAAUCGGGAUCGGCGUCAGCGUGGCACUUGGGAUCACCGGCAUCGCCAUCGGGAUUUGGAUCUGGAUGGUGUCGCCCAAGCAGGCCGUCCACCACCGAGACGACGAGGAGGAAGGCUCCGCCGCGGAGCUCCAGGACCUGUCCGAGAUGAUGAAGCGCACGGUGGAGGUGUUCCACAACCGGGAGCUCCUCCGGACCCUGGUCAAGCAGCAGCGCCCGCUCACCAACGCGGAUCUCGUCAAGGCGACGGACAACUUCGAUCAAUCCAACAUCGUGGGCUGCGGCGGAUUCGGGCUGGUGUUCGUGGCCAGCCUCCCCGACGGCACCAAGGUGGCGAUCAAGCGCCUCACGGGCGACUGCCUCCAAGUGGAGCGCGAGUUCGAGGCAGAGGUCCAAGCUCUGGCUAUGGCGGACCACCCCAACCUGGUAACGCUCCAAGGCUACUCCAGCUAUGGCGAGCACCGGCUACUCAUCUACUCCUACAUGGAGAAUGGUAGCCUGGACAGCUGGCUACACGAGAGCGCGAAGCGCCUGGAUUGGUCCACGCGACUGGACAUUGCCAGGGGGGCCGCGCGGGGAUUGGCGUACCUCCACCUGGGCUGCCAGCCACACAUAGUCCACCGCGACAUCAAGUCCAGCAACAUCCUCCUGGACGGCCGAUUCGUUGCCCACGUGGCGGACUUUGGUUUGGCCAGGCUGAUGCUGCCGACGGCCACCCACGUCAGCACGGAGAUGGUCGGGACGCUGGGGUAUAUCCCGCCGGAAUAUGCGCAGAGCUGGAUGGCGUCCCCGAAGGGCGACGUGUAUAGCUUUGGCGUGGUGCUGCUCGAGCUACUGUCGCGGCGGAGGCCUGUGGAUGUGUGUAGGGCGAAUGGAGUGUAUGAUCUUGUGGCGUGGGUGAGGGAGAUGAAAGGGGCGGGGCGUGGAGUGGAGGUUUUGGAUCCGGCGCUAAGAGAGCGGGGGAACGAGGAGGAGAUGGAGAGAAUGCUAGAGGUGGCGUGCCAGUGUCUAAACCCUAAUCCGGCGAGGCGGCCCGGGAUCGAGGAGGUGGUGACGUGGCUCGAGGAGAUUGGUCGCGGAGCGUAGUAGGAAGCAGUAGAGACGUUUUUUACCUA